AUGGCCGCGCAGUCCGACGGCGGCAAAGCCGGGGUCGGGUGCGGCGGCGGCGGUGGGUUCGCCCAGCUCUACGAUGUUGACGCUGACGAGCCUCUGGACUCCGCGGCGAUCCACAUCUGUCAGUGCUGUCGCUCCUCCGCUUGCUACUGGGGCUGCCGCUCAGCUUGCCUCGGCUCUCUACUCGGCGGGGGUCCGCCUACCGGAGGGGCCGGCAUCCGGGAGACUCACUGCCCGCCCCGGGAGCAGCUGUGGCUGGACUGCCUCUGGAUCAUCCUUGCCCUCCUUGUCUUCUUCUGGGACGUUGGCACGGACCUGUGCCUGGCGGUGGACUACUACCAGAGACAGGACUACCUCUGGUUCGGCCUCACUCUCUUCUUCGUACUGGUGCCGUCGGUACUGGUCCAGAUUCUGAGUUUCCGAUGGUUCGUGCAGGACUACACCGGCGGGGGCCUCGGGGAGGUUGAGGGGCUGACCAAGCGGGGCACAGUGGCUCUAGGGUGCCUGUAUCCCGGCAGAGACCGCCUGCAGCUGGCCACCAUCUGGCUGUGGCAGGCCACCAUACACAUCCUCCAGCUGGGACAAGUGUGGAGGUACAUCAGGACGCUGUACCUAGGCGUCAUGUCGCGUCGGCAGAAGGAGCACCAGCGACGCUGGUACUGGGCCAUGAUGUUCGAGUACGCCGACGUCAACAUGUUGCGUUUGCUGGAAACAUUUCUGGAGUCGGCGCCUCAGUUGGUCCUGCAACUCUGCAUCAUGAUCCAGGAGAACCGAGCUGAGACACUACAGUGCAUCUCCUCCCUAGCCUCCCUCCUGUCUCUCGCCUGGGUUCUGGCCUCCUACCACAAACUGCUCCGAGACUCUCGUGACGACCAGCGCAGCAUGAGUUACCGCGGGGCGCUGCUGCACCUCUUCUGGCGCCUCUUCACCAUCUCCUCCCGUGUCCUGUCGCUCGCCCUCUUUGCUUCCCUCUUCCACAUCUACUUCGGCAUUUUCGUGGUGGUGCACUGGUGUGCCAUGGCUUUUUGGGUGGUGCACGGAGGCACUGAUUUCUGUAUGUCCAAGUGGGAGGAGGUGCUCUUCAACAUGGUGGUCGGCAUUGUCUAUAUCUUCUGCUGGUUUAACGUGAAAGAGGGACGAACGCGCUACAGGAUGGUAGCAUACUACACUGUGGUGUUGGCUGAGAAUAGCAUCCUCACUGGCCUGUGGUAUGCCUACAGAGACCCAGUGCAGACCGACUCCUACGCCAUCCCAGCACUGUGCAGCGUCUACCUGACAUUCGCCGGGGGCGUCGUGGUCAUGCUGCUGUACUACGGGUUCCUGCACCCUGCCACUGCCCACCUCCAGCCAAGUCCCGCCUCAUCCUGCUGCGCCCAGCUGCUCUGGGGUCUCCCUCUCCCACCAUCAGCCCCACCCACAGCCCCUCCCACACCAGCCCACAUGGCCAAGUCACAGACGGAAGAGGAUGUGGCUGAGACGUGUCUUCCCGUCUUCCAGGUGAGGUCUGCGCCCCCAACUUCCAAGCCUGAGGGCCCGCUCAUAAAGAUUGACAUGCCCAGGAAGCGUUACCCAGCAUGGGAUGCCCACUACGUAGACAGACGCCUGCGGAGGACUAUAAACAUCCUGCAGUACAUAACGCCAGCCGCUGUGGGCAUCCGCUAUCGUGAUGGACCCCUCCUGUAUGAACUGUUGCAGUAUGAGUCCUCACUCUGACACAAACACAAACACACACACACACACACACACACACACACGCACAAGUACA